AACAACUUGGUCAAGCACGUACAACACUACUCAUACCAAUUAAUUAACCUAGCUACUUCCAUUCAAUUCCUAUCAUGGCUACAUCUCUUGAGAAUCCGAUUCUCCUUGUUAUCUCCAUUCUCCUCUUGUCUCUCUCCUUUCCGGCCACCGGAGAAGACCACGUUUUCGGGAAACCGGUGGACCGGAAAUCCCUAGGGUUAAAGAAGGAGAAAGCCAGCCAUUUCCGCUUCUUCUGGCACGACAUCCUUAGCGGAAACAACCCAACCUCCAUCAGGGUCAUCCAGCCGCCCAAUAGAAACUCAUCGUUUCUCUUCGGCUUGACCAACAUGAUCGACAACCCGCUGACAAUUGGGCCGGAGUUGGGGUCCAAGUGUGUGGGGAGGGCGCAGGGGAUGUACGCAUCGGCGGCGCAACAGGAGCUUGGGUUCUUGAUGGUCAUGAAUUUGGCGUUUUUGGAAGGGAAGUACAAUGGGAGCACCCUCACGGUGGUGGGCCGGAAUCCGGCGAUGGAGAAGGUCCGGGAGAUGUCGGUGGUCGGCGGCAGCGGGCUUUUCCGGUUUGCUCGGGGCUACGUUCAGGCCAAGACUCAUUGGAUUGAUUUCAACACCGGCGAUGCCACGGUCCAGUAUGAUGCCUAUGUCUUGCAUUAUUGAUCUCAUCAAAUCCUUUUUUGUUUUACCAUUAAUAAAUAUUUGUAUUAGUUUUUUUGUUAAUGUUGUUAUAAUUGAUGGAGUACCUUUCUUUGAAGGGCCACUUUGUUUAUGAGUACCUUUCUUGGGAGGGCCACCUUCUAGACUUUUAUACUUAUUUAUUCGACCCACUUUGGAUUUUUAAGUAAAAACAAGAACAAAAUGCAUUUUGGUUAUUUUCUUCA